GAUUGAGAUAUGAGAUAAAAGUAAAGGAGUGAGUUGAAAGAGUAAAAAAGAAACAAAGGUUGAGAAAGAUGGCAGAGAUUGGAGGGAGCUUCUUUGCUUGUAGUCAUUUGCAGUUGAGAAGCAGCAUGAACAACACUAGUAGCAGGAGUCUCUAUAAUAUGCCAUUUCCUAGCUUGCUUUCUUCAAGAGGACAGAACAAGAAGAGACAACUGAGAAGAACAAUGGCGGCUUCCCUAACAACAUCAGCACCGAAACGAGAAAAAGAUCCGAAGAAACGAAUCGUGAUAACGGGAAUGGGGCUAGUCUCUGUGCUUGGAAACGACGUGGAUUCAUUCUACGAAAAACUUCUCAAUGGGGAGAGUGGGAUAAGCUUAAUCGACAAGUUCGAUGCUUCAGAAUAUCCUGUACAGAUUGCUGGCCAGGUCCGAGGUUUCUCCGGCGACGGCUAUGUCGACUUGGAGAAAUAUCAGAAUAUUGAUGACUGCUGGAAGUAUUCAUUGUUUGCAGCAAAGACAGCUCUCCAAGAUGCCAACCUUACUCCUCAAGUCAUUAAAAAUCUAGACAGGUCAAAAAUGGGAGUAGUGGUGGGAUCAGGUGCAGGAGGUAUAAAAACAUUAUGCAAUGCAAUAGACGCACUCCUGAAACAAGAAUACAACAAGAUAUUAACCUCUUACUACCCAACCAAUAUGGGCCCAGCACUGUUAGCCAUUGAAACGGGGUUUAGUGGGCCCAUUUACUCCAUCUCAACGGCCUGUGCCAGCGGGAAUUAUUGCCUGUGUGCUGCCGCAAACCACAUCAGAAAAGGGGAAGCGGAGAUCAUGCUAGCAGGUGGAGCAGACGCCGGAGUUAUUCCCAGCGGUAUCUGCGGAUUCAUGGCCUGUAAAGCACUGUCAACCAGGAAUGAUGAACCCCAAAAGGCUUCUAGGCCUUGGGAUCAACAUCGUGAUGGUUUUGUUUUGAGUGAAGGCUCUGCUGUCCUGGUAUUGGAGAGCUUGGAGCAUGCAAGGAAGAGAGGAGCAAGGAUAAUAGCAGAAUACCUAGGAGGAGCCAUAACAUGUGAUGCUCAUCACCUCACUGAUCCUCGCUCUGAUGGACUUGGUGUUGCUACCUGCAUUUCCAAGAGCCUCUACAAUGCUGGUGUCUCUCCUGAAGAGGUGAAUUACAUAAAUGCUCAUGCAACGUCGACGCGUGUAGGAGAUUUAGCAGAGGUCAGUGCAGUCAAGAAGAUUUUCAAGAACCAGCUCCACCAAAUCAAGAUGAAUGGAACUAAGUCAAUGGUUGGACAUGCGAUUGGGGCAGCUGGUGCAUUAGAAGCCAUAGCAACUGUAAAAGCAAUUGCUACUGGUUGGCUACAUCCAACGAUCAACCAAUAUAACUUAGAACCUGAGGUUACAAUAGACACUCUGCCAAACACCAAGAAAAAGCAUGAUGUUAAUGUCGCUAUCUCCAACUCAUUUGGCUUUGGAGGACACAAUUCAGUUGUGGUUUUUGCUCCCUUUACAUCCUAAGAAGGGCUCUCAAGGGAUAGAACAGUUUCCUCCCAGCAGAUACACAGAAUUAAGUGAAUCACAGCAUAUGUUGAUGCAUGCAUGAGCUUGGGCAAUUAUGGGCGACAUGAUCUCCACCUCUACAAUAUGAUUAAGGUUUACCCAUUAUGGUUGUUAUUAUCAGGGACUGACCCAGGAAUUUACCUUUUUUGGGGAAGCCUAAAUUCAUCAACAUAAUAGUAAAAUAUAUUAUAUUUCAGAUAUUAAAGGCCUUUUUCAUUUUUUUUUUUCUUUCCUUUUAUAUAUUUAGAAAGAUUAGUAAAAUAUCUUAUGGCAUGUACUUGUGUUCUAUUAGGUUUUAGGGUCCAUUAUGUAAGUUGUUUGGAAGCUAAUAUAUAUUUUUGGGGAGUUUUUAUUUAGACAA